AUGGAGCCGUGGAUGUUUCCGUAAGGACUACGCAAACUUUCGCGUGGGUGGGGUUGAAAAAUGGGCUUUUGAUUGUUGCAAGGGCUGUUUUUAGUACAUAUAGUAUAGGAAAGAAUAUUGUAAAGUCGGCCUUGUAUAGCCUUAAGGGCAAAAAAUAUUUCAGAAAAUUCAAAGGAAAAGUAACCGAAUUGAUCGAGAAAAAGUUGUUGAGAGUUCUGCCUACAGUGUCCCUCUAUAUUAUACAGCAAUCCCUAAAAGUUUAAGCUCAGGUUUUGCGGGCUCUGCUAAUAUAUUUAACGACAUUUGAAGGCGCCAGGGCACCUAAAACCAAGAAAAUAAAUGCUAUUUUUCUUGGUAUGUCCUUGCUGAUCUUCUGUAGAAAAGCUUGAGCUUAGGCGUUUAAAAUAAAGUGCAAAUCUUCCCACAUUUAAUAUAAAGAAAUUUUCAAACUUUCGGAAACUUUCAUCAAAAAGAUCCCGGCCAUUUCUACAGAGCACAAUCUGAAAUUAUCGUAUCUAUUUUUCAUAACAUUCACCGAAAUCUGACCGCAGGGCUUCUUUUAAUUCCUUCUUAAGACCCCUUGGCUAUCAAUAAAACUAUGAUAUCAAGUUGAUUUUGUUUAAUUUACGUCAUUUGUUUCAGUUCCCAAAUGGCGGAUACGGCGUGGUGGGACACGUCGACGGCUUGUUAUCACGAGCCCAAAGUGCACGACCAUGAGCUGUACUUUCAACUGAGCACAAUCAACGUUUAUAUCCUCUUACCGUUGGCCGUUUUGGGGCUCUUCUUCAAUGCUUCGGCUUUGGUGAGUUUUUCAGCGGUGACUUCUAUUUUUGUGGAGCAUACUGUAAAAAAUAUGCGCAAAGCUCGAUUUUCUGGGUUAGUAAUACGUUUUAGGCUAUACAUAUAUAGGAUUUGUACAGUAAAAAGUUUGUGCAAAAAAUUGCAAGCUACCAUAAAAAAAUUAUUUGUUUUAGAAAGCUUUGUUGUAGGCAGGUUCAUUUCGACUCGAAAUCUAAUCUAGACACUCAGUAACUGUUUUUAUACCUCUUAGUUUCUAUCGUAAUUCCUCCUAUAUCUUCGAUUUUUUCAGAUAUGUCUGUACAGUCCGCCAAAGAUCACAUCGGGGGUAUUUAUUUACCUGAAAGCGCUGCUAAUCCUCGACCACUGCCAUAUUAUUGUAACGUCGGCGACGGUGCUAUUGCCUCAACUCUGCGAUCGUCAUCAUUCCAAGGAGCAUUUGUUUUAUCAGUAAGUCAUCAUUUUUUAUUUCCUCAAAAUUUUUCUCAUACGCGGAGAAAUCUUAUUUUCUCCCAGAUAAUUUACUUCAAUUUACCGUAUCCUUCUUUCAGAUACUGUAUGGUGGAGCGGCGUUUCCUAAAAUACACUCUUCCUCGACUUGAAAGUACGGUCAAUCUUCUGCAUGUCUGGACGAUAGCCUCGCUUUCAAUUCAUCGAUACUGGAAGAUCUCAAGGCCGGUUGUAUCGCGGUUUAAGGACACCGCGUCCAGAGCGCGUACAGUGUUGUUAAUCAUGUUCAUCAUCGCUAUUUUAUUCCGUUCUCCAAUCUUUUUCUUCGAACUUGAGCUUAAAAUUAAACCCUUUCCGAGGAUCCUCAGACGCCCCGAGACUACUGAGGUAAGCGCAAAAUUAGGUACAUAUAAUAGAUGAUAAGGAUGGGGUGGUGCACGAGCUACGAGGCUUAAAUUUUGAUUGAACUAAAAUAGCUUAUAGAAGGCUAUUUUAGAUUUUUCACAGCUCCGUAACACCACCUUUAAGACAAUUUUUAAAAGAAUGACUUAUUGCGUUCUCGUAUUUUACAAAUUACUUUUACUACAAACAUUAUUUUCAGCUUCUCUCCCCGUAUCGCGUGGUCUAUCACACAUUUCUGGACCCAAUUCUUUCAAAUUUUGUCCCAUUCGUGUGGAUGUGCGUCUUUUCGAUAUUAACCUUGAUUGAAAUCGCAAAAAGUCGACAGUUCGGCUAUGCCCAAUUCAACCCCGAAAACUUUGCCAUCUCAAGUGCCAUGGGGAUGAAGAGGAAUUCGUAUGGAAGCAGAUCGACCGGUCGCAAUUCCACGGACAUUGUGGCCAAGCCCAAAGCGUCGUUGACGUUUACGCAGCCGUUGACAUAUUUGAGGAAAAGGGCCGAUUCAAUACGACAGAAACAGGAAUUUCGGGCGACGGUUUCGAUAAUUGUCAUCAUUUUAUUGUAUCUGCUGUUACAUUCGCUUCAAGUUUAUAAUGUCAUAAGGAAAUGGCAACUGAUCUUGAUGGAGGAGUGUCCAACACGGUAAGCGGGGUUUCGAAAAUUUGUUGGGGUCUCAAAACUCGAUGAAAUUCAUUUAUUACUAACAAGAAAAGUAUUAAGUUGGAUAAAAAGUUAUGACCAUUUUCUUGCAAAAGUUUGAAGUCGAUUAUUUUCUAGCUCAGAGCCCUUCAUAGUUCAACAUACUUAUAGACUAAUAGAGAGCUUAUCGAAGUUUCAUCUAGGGUGUAUUGCAAAGCCUUACGGCUUAGCCGAGAUUUUUUAUUGCUAAAAACUCGAAAGUGACCUGAUUUUGGUAGGGUACGAAACAACUCAGAUCACGUCCCUUUGCCAGCCGCUGAUGGUCUCGGAUUGCUGUUAUUAUAAUCUUCAAGGAUUGUAGAAGACGCUGACACAGCAUCGUUACUAGGUAGCUGUGACAACUCAUUUUAAGAGCUGUUUUUUCCGGAAGAUUACCGAAGCCGUCGAUUGAAAAACGCGUCUAAAUAAUACCUCCAACACUCAGUUUUUACAGCAAAAAAACUCUUUUAACCAUCAUCCUAUCUUGUUUUCAGAACCGACUACAUCCAGUCGCAUGUGUCCACAGUGCUCUCCAUGUUGUCGGCGACUGUAAAUGCCUUUGUUUUUAUCGCAUUUACCAACCGCUUGCGGCACUACGUACAAAUGCUGAUCCGCAAAACAUCCCGAUCCUUCUCCAGCUCCAGCGAGCCCCCAUUAUCACCGAGAACAACGAUUUCAACCGAUCCCAUGGUAGUGUAA